CAAAUGUUUGACCUGGAGGGAACUACAGCUGGCAGACACAUUAAGUGAAGUAAAAGCAAUAUGGAGAAGGAGUUCCCAUCAACACCAACUGCUGUCAACAGCAAGGGGUCAUGCCCUGUCCUAGAUGGGCCCUCUCCCUCCUCCUCAAAACAGAUUCCUCCUUCCCAGAUCUCCAGUAACCUCCCGGCUGGCCCAUCCCGCCUUCAAAAAUCUCCAACCUUAACAGAAAAAACGACAGAACCCCAAGAAUUAUCCUUUACUUCUCAGCCAUCCCCUCAUGCCAACCCUAAACCGAUGGAUUCUCCUCCUUCUUUAGAGGCAUCAAAGCCUUCAGCUCCUGCUGCGUCUGCUAAACCUCCCUCUAAAACUGUUUCCACAAAAUCUGCUUCUUCUGUGACAAGCAAAACACCCCCAGUUAUCCUGCGUAACUCUUCCCCUCAAAUCCCAAAAGUUCCAUCCUUUUCCAAGCUUACAUCUUCUACACCUAAUAGCUCAGCCAAACCUCCAACAGAUCCCUCUUCUACUUCUCCAGCCCCAAUGAAACGCACCUUUGCUUCAAUGGCAAAGCGGGUGAUAGUACAGGAAAGACUCAGGAAAGCUGAGGAGGAAGCCAAUGAUGAAGAGGAAGAUGAAGAGCCAGAGGAAGAGUUGACUGUGGAGCAGAUGGAAGAGAAGGCCAAAACUGGUGAUGCCAGAGCUCAGACCCGUCUGGGUCAGCACUAUUUGCUUCUUGCAGAAGAGAAGGACAAAGAGCAAAAUAAUCAGCUUGCUGUUAAUUGGCUGAUUAAAGCAGCUAAACAGGGGAGGAAAGGUGCAGCAAGGGCACUGCAAUGCUGUUGGAUACAGAGGAAAGGAAUUACUCCAGAGAAUGAGGCAGAUGUGCGGAAGUUGGCAACAGAGAGUAAGUUUGAGCUGGCAGUACGUAAAGCAGCCAUGAUGAUGUACUGGAAACUUAACCCAGAUAGGAAGAAGAAAGUGGCUGUGGCUGAGAUGCUAGAGAAUGUCAGCCAGGUCAAUGCAGUGCAAGGUGGUACUGCAAGCAGGAUUCCUCCCCCAACCUCAGGCCAGACACAGAAAGUAUUGGAGAGCCUGGUCAGCAAUGAGUCUUCACAGAUGGUGGACCUGGAUGACUUUGUUGAGAUGACUAAAAAGUAUGCAGAAGGUAUAGUCCCCUCUGCAUCCCCAACUGGCAGCCAGGUUACAACCAAGAGGGAAAUCCCUCCACCUCGGGACAGAGGUGAAGAGCAGAAAGCUGAGCUGGUCCCAUUAGGACACAAGAAGACCCACAGGAGUUCUUGGAGUUUUGGCCGUAGUGGGAUAAUGCUACACUCUAAGCAGAACGGGGCCAUAAAAAAAGCCAUGGACAUGAAAUCACGCCUAAUGAUACUGCAGUACCCACUGCAUUCCAUAGUUGAGAUGAAAGAGCACCUGGUGGACUGGGCGUCGCGGGCUGGCGUCCAGUGGCUGAGUACAGCCAUCCCCACGCAGCACGUCAACGCACUAAUCUUCUUCUUCAUAAUCAGUAACCUGACCAUCGACCUGUUUGCCUUUGUCAUCCCUUUGCUUGUCUUCUACCUUUCUUUCGUUUCAAUGAUCAUCUGCACACUGAGGGUUUUCCAGAGCAGCAAAACUUGGGAGAACUUUAGUGCCCUAACAUCACUGCUGACACGUUUCGAAACUGGCCUGGAUGUGGAGCAGGCCGAAACCAACUUUGGCUGGAACAACCUUGAGCCAUACCUUUAUUUCAUCCUUUCUGUUUUCUUCAUCAUUUUCUCCUUCCCUGUGGCUGACAAAGGCUGGAUCCCCUGUUCUGAGCUCUCCACUGUGGCCAUCUUCUUCACAGCUGUCAGCUACCAUAGCCUCAGUCCCACUGCUGCCACUUAUGCACGCAAAGCAAUGGUCAUAGAGGUAGCUUCUUCAUUGUGUUGCCUGACUCAGUUCCUGCCAGAGGACAAGACAAUGCUUCGCCUCCUGGGCUAUACCUUUGCCACACUGCCACUAGGGGAGUCAGUGGUGCUGAAGCUCAGUCUCCCUUGCCUGCUGUAUGUCUACCUAUUCUACCUGUUCUUCAGCAUGGCCAGGAUGCGUGGUUUCAGAGGGACUUACUGCUUCCUAGUCCCCUAUCUGGUGUGCUUCAUGUGGUGUGAGUUCUCGGUGGUGCUCCUCCAGAAUUCCUCAGCUGUGGGUCUAAUACGUACCUGUGUGGCCUACUUUCUCUUCUUAUUCGCCUUGCCUGUUCUGGCAUUUGGACUUGCAGCCAUGCUCCUUGUCCAGAUUUGCAAGUGGUUCCUCGAGCUUGAGCUCACAAAGGUGAUUGUUACCUUGGUGAUUUGUGCAAUCCCUGUCACCCUUCGACUUUGGACACGUUUCAGCAUGUCUAUUCUGGAUGUCUUCCGUUCAAUGACCCACCGUGGCCCUGUCAAACUCAUCUUACUCUGCAUCUCCAUGGUGAUCCUGUUCUUUGCAAUCUAUGUGUACCAUGCUGAGGGGCAGAAGGUGUACAAUUCCACGCUUACUUGGGGUCAGUACAGCCAGGCAUGUGGGCCCCCUGCCUGGGAAACUAAAGGCGUGGCCCAAACACAGCUCUUCUGUAGCCACUUGCAAGGACAUAGAGUCACCUGGACUGGCCGUUUCAGGCAUGUCCGUGUGGCUGAGACGGAGAAUGGGGCACAGUCUGUCAUCAACAUGUUACCAGUGUUCAUGGGAGACUGGCUGCGCUGCCUGUAUGGAGAGAAGUAUCCAAAAUGUGAGCCAAAGAAUUCUACAGUGGCAAACCUAACUGCUGCCAAUUUGGCAGCCAGUUCUGCCUCAGCUUCAGUUUCACUGCCCUUACUGCUUCGAAUGCAAGAAGAAGAAGAGCUGUGCCAGCUCAAAGCUCUGGCAAAACACACCUGCCACAUAAAGCGCUUUGACAGCCAUCGCUUUGAGGUAGCAGUAGGAAUGAUCCGAGAUGGGGGCAUGGACGACCCAGCCAGAGAUAUAUCAUUAAUGGCCAGCCAUGAGUUCAGACAAGUUCUCCUAAACCUAAGUCCUGGUAACAUGGUUGAGUUCAGCACUAAGCUGGAGGGCCGACUAGGAGCCAGAGCUCCAGCCUUUGAGUUGAAGGCUAUCCACUGCCUGGACUGUGAUUCUACACUGCUGACCGGAGGCAGGCAGGUAAAGAUUGAGAGAGACUGGAGACGUACCACAAUGAGAGCCCUGAAGUUUGCCUUCGAUUUUUUCUUUUCCCCUUUCAUGUCAGCAAAAAUCUCUGCCUGAGAAGAAUGACGGUGAAUCUUAAGCCACAAUGACUCACUCAAAUGUCUUCUGGAGGUUCUUUUGCCGUAUUCUUGUGAUUUGAUUUUGUUACUACCGAUACAACCUAACAUUAUUGUUUACAUUUUGAUCAAACAUGGAACUUGUUCGUGCAGUUCAUGUACCUCCAAAGUAGUUCAAGAAAGGUCAGUAAGUAACUAACUCACUGUUACAAUCUGUCAUUUUUUGAAUGCUACACUUCUGAAACUACAAAGUUAUAAACUUAUCUCUUUGUACCCAGGGUCUUGUUUGUCAAACCAUGAAAGC